AUGCCCGACGACUCGAAGUGGAGGGGUUUCCUCGAUGCGGACGCCAAAACAUUACCCAAGAAGUCGCCAUUCGAGAAAGCGAAAGCCGAAGCCGAAGCCAAACGCGCUCGCGAAAAAGCGGAAACCGCAGCGGUCUACGAAGAUUUUGUCAAGUCAUUUGAAGAGGACACGUCGACAGCUUCCCGGGCUUCAGAUGGACGACCCGGUGCAUUUGGUAACAGAGGUAGUGGAUUUGGAGGAGCGCGGCCGUCGCGACACUUCUCAAGCUCCCAGACUCGGAACAGUGGACCAGGGAGUCUACCACCUCCCUCGGGGCCUCUGGCACCGCGUGGUAACCAGAGAGGAUUUGGGCCCUCCCCGCGCAACCGAGAUUCAGCCCAAGGUAUAUUGGGAUACGACCAGCCAAGCACAGGGCCAACAGGUCCUCGAUCGGCAUUUCGCAGCACCUCAGACGACGAAGAUGAUCGCAGAACAGAUGCAAGAGAGGCAGAGAAGGCAGCGGCUAAAUAUACUCUGUGUCUAGAGUCGCUGCCACUCGGAACUUCACCUUCUGUGCUCAAGUCACUAAUACCAUCCUUCCUGACUGUGGACAAUAUCAACAUUCUUCGACCAACGAAUCAAUCACCCACCGAGCGAAAGUCCGCAGCCGCCAUCUUUACCCUCGCCAGUGACACUCCGCUUUCAGACGUCAAUAGCGCCAUUAGCAUGCUCGAUAAGAAAUACCUUGGUCGGGGUCACUACCUAUCUAUCCACAAAGGCCAUUCCUCUGCCGCCAUCAACUCAACAUUGCCAACGACCAUUGGCACAACCACGGCCAAGUCACUCCCAUUCGGUGCAAAGAUCAUUCAACCGACCUUUGGCGGAAGUUUGAGCCGAGCUCCACCACCAGGGCCUCACAGGGGAUUCGCACCUCCAGAAUCGUAUGGGCCAAACAUUGGGCGAGGUGGAGGCUCGACUCAGAUCGAAGUACAAGCACCAUCGGAUAUCAAGCAAUUAAGGCUGAUCCAUAAAACGCUGGAGAACCUCCUCAACUACGGACCUGAAUUUGAGGCGUUGCUCAUGAGUCGACCGGAGGUGCAAAAGGAAGAAAAAUGGGAUUGGAUCUGGGAUGCACGAAGCCCAGGCGGCGUUUACUACCGAUGGAAGUUAUGGCAAAUCAUCACCAAUCCUCGGGCUUACAGUAAAAGGAAAUUUGGCUCCCAAAAGACAUCCUUCAUUUUCGAAGGUGGGCCGACUUGGGCUCCACCAGAGAUGGAAAUCAAGUUUGAAUACACUACACGGCUAGAUGAAUUUGUAUCAGAAGAAGACUACAAUUCUUCCGAAGAGGAGAUGUCUGAUGGUGAGGAGGAGAGGCGCAACCUCGGAGGAGGGCCUCCUCCAGAGGGUACCACUGCACAGAAUGACAGUCUGGGCUACAUGAAUCCCUUGCAAAAGGCAAAACUUACUCAUCUUCUUGCCCGCCUACCUACAACCCAUGCAAAGCUUCGGCGGGGUGAUGUCGCUCGAGUCACAGCCUUCGCGAUCAAACACGCUGGGUCGGGUGCGCGCGAGGUUGUGGACAUGAUUGUGCUAAAUAUUCUCCAUCCACUGGCAUAUACAGGGGCCAACCCCGAACGAGAAAUGGAGAAAGAUGCAGCGAGGCAGGACGAUGGUGAAAAGGACAAGUCAAAUCCCUCGAAGCAGAAGAUAGACAUGUCCUCAGCCAAACUGGUAGGGCUCUAUCUCAUCUCCGAUAUUCUUGCAUCGUCAGCCACCAGUGGAGUUCCCAAAGGAUGGCGAUAUCGGUCCUUGUUUGAGGCUGCACUUCGGUCACACAAGAUCUUUGAACACCUUGGCAGGCUCGAGAAAGAGUUGAAUUGGGGCAGACUUCGCGCAGAGAAAUGGAAGCGCAGCGUGGGCACUCUUCUCCACCUAUGGGAAGGCUGGAGUAUCUUUCAGCCCGCAAACCAGGAACAUUUCCUCAAGGUGCUUGAACAGCCACCACUUACCGAGGAAGAGUUACAAAAGGAGCAGGAAAAGGAAGAUGCUGAACGAGCAGCUCAAGUGGCUUCCAAGACCAAGAGUCGAUGGAAGACAGUUGAUGACGACCCUGUAUCUGGAAAGUUCGAUUCGGAUCGAUCCGUUGAUGCCGAGAACCAGGCGCGCCCUGCGGCUGAUGCAGCUGUCGUGGAGGAUGAAUCCAUGAGUGAUCUCGACGGGGUUCCCAUGGAAGACAGCGACCUGGAAAUGCUAGACGAUGACGGGGAACCUAUGGACGAAGACGCACCUCCGUUGGAAGGUGAUGUACAAUCCCCGAUACCCGAUCAGCCCUCACAGCCUGGGCAUGAAGACGGGCACCAAGAAGAGGGAUCACGGCGCCAACGCAGACCACGGCCCAAGGCCGAGGACAUGUUUGCAUCGGACUCGGAGUGA